ACGUACUUGGUAACUCGAUCGUCGGUGAACGUCAAUCGUGGGGUUGUCGAUCUUUUCAAUUCGCGAGUUUGCGGACUGUCGACUGAACUCUUGUCAAGUGCAAGAUGUCUUGGUCACUGUCCUCACCAUCGUCUUCCUUUCCGGACCUCAGCAAUUCACAACUGCUGUCCGAGUCUCUACCGUCACCUGAACCAUUCGACUCGGAUUCUCAUACGGGCCCUGGGGGCGCUGACCUUUCCAUAUCAGAGCUCUCACUAUCAGACAAAGACACGGAGAAUUUUCGCUUUCACGAUAGGCCACGUUUCAGUCUACUGGCACCGACUGCUACAACAUCACACACAUUCUCGCCUGAUCAAAGCAAGAUAUCAGAGGAUGACGAAUAUGAAGAAGGAAACGACGGGGGCUCUGAAAACGAUGUUGAUUUGACUAUGAUCGGAAGGGUUGCUGCUGCAAAGGCACGGGAAGACAAGCUUCAGAGCGAUCUCUACGUUCUCAAGAAGCUGAACGCGUCUUUUGCGUUAUUUAAUGACGCAUUGCGGUCUACUCAGACUGCUACUGAGCAAGUGGCAACUCAACUCGCACAGACGGAUGCGCUUCUAGAUAAAUAUGUCAAUAUGCUGGGAAAGUCAGAAGCUGUGGCGAAGCUGAUCUUUGAUGAACAAUGGGAGGGUGCAGAGGCUGAUGAGGAGUUACUUCAAAAGGAGCGACAGAUGGCCCUUGAACAGGCCCGACUAGAAAAGGAACGCCUUGAGCGGGAGGAGGCAGAACGGAGGGAGGUAGAAGAGCGUGCGCGCCUGGCUACGGAGGAAGCUGCUCGCCGCGAAGCGGAAGAAUGUGCACAACGGGAAGCUGCAGCUACAAAGGCGCCCCGUGGUCGCGGCACCGGUGUGUCAAGCGGUGUCCGGGGUGUUCGCGGGACAAGAGCGACAGCAACAUCGGCGGCUGCCAGAAGCACCAAAGGCAUUCCUCGUGCAGCCUCGAUGAGUGCUUCAUCGGCAAUCCCUCGCAGUCGAUCAACUAGCGCUACGGGAAACGUUGGAAGCUUAGGCGGUGGAAUGAGACCCGGAUCAUCUGCAAGCCGAGGAACAGGCUUGCCGCGAGGCGUACCUAGGAGAGGUUGAGCCCUAUUCCUGUGUGUUGGCGCGUGGGCAAUGUCUCCAAGAAAACUCACGGCUAUUGCACAACAGGGUUAACAACCAGGCAGAGGAAGAACUCGCCAUCGUGAUGCUCGCCCGGCUGCCUGGUGUCCCAAGGCAUUUGAGAGUGGGGGUUGUCUGGAGCCGCAGUCGCCUUACCACCCGGUGGUCGUGUAUCCUAGGGCAAAGUGACCAUUACCUUCACGUGAAGAAUCCGUGACGGUAGCUCUAGUAUUUGGAAAUUACCCCAAUACCUAUCAAACUCCUAUCAUGGAUGGAUAUUGUCAGUGUAGGAAGUUUCGUGUAGCCGAACAGGGAGAGUCACUGCGCUUGAAUUUUAUUCCUUCCUAAGGAUUAAUUCUGUCUCAGAGAAGAGAAAUUCAC